UUUCCCCCCUGUUUACUAAAAGAAUCAGCACUGUUGCAUUCAUUCAUGUAUAUUGGAACGUAGGUGUAAAGAUUUGAAUGGUCAUUUGAGAAAGCAAACACUUGCAUGUUGUACCGCGGUCACAGUGAAAAGGAGAGCAAAUAGGGUGUAGAAAAUUAAAAAAAAGAAGCUAGCGAAAUAGUAGAGAGAAAGAGUAGAGAGACUGAACUAGUAGACAUAGAGAGAAAGAAGAGGUGGUAAGAAAGACAAACAGUUUGGUUGGUACAUAGAUAGAUUGAUAGAUAAAUAGAUAGGCAGAGAGACACAGAACCAUAUAGGCGAAUAGAUAGAUAGAUAGAUAGAUAGAUAGAUAGAUAGAUAGAUAGAUAGAUAGAUAGAUAGAUAGAUAGAUAGAUUGAUAGAUAGAUAGAUAGAUAGAUAGAUAGAUAGAUAGAUAGAUAGAUAGAUAGAUAGAUAGAUAGAUAGAUAGAUAAAUUUCUAGAGGUUCUAAGAGACAAACGGAAUACAAUUACGAUGCAGGAAUAUACAUUACAUUAUUUCAAUAGGCGCGGCCGAGCUGAAAUAUGUCGUCUGCUUUUUGCACUGGCUGAUAUUCCUUACACCGAUAAACGUAUCGACUUUUCCAAAUGGGAUAGCAUGAAAAACAAAAUGCCAUGUUGUAUGCUGCCGAUUCUGGAGAUUGAUCGUAAAAUUCAGGUUCCACAAAGUAUGACAAUUUCGAGAUAUUUAGCAAACGAAUUCGGGUUCCACGGCAGCAAUAAUAUCGAAAAGGCGAAAAUUGAAAGCAUCACAGAUUGUUUAUAUGAUGUGUUUGAUAAUUAUAUGAGGAUGUUUUACGACAGAAAUGGGCGAAAAGUGAAACGUUUUUCGUCUGACAUGAGAGGCAAAUACACCGAAAAUCAGUCUGAAAGCCGAACGAAUUAUUUAGAAACAUGCAACAGAGUACUGCCAUAUUUGGAAAAUUGUUUGCAAUCAAAAGAAAAUUCUGGUCAAUAUUUUACGGGAGAUAAGAUCAAACUCUGUGAUUUAAUGUGUUACUCUGCCUUGGAGAAUCCGCUAAUAGAAAAUCCAUCUUUACUAAAUGAUUUCCCGAAACUUCGAAACCUGAGACAACAGGUUGCUGCAAACCCAAAAGUUUUAUCAUACUUGAAAAGCCGCAACGAAACGGACUGCUAAUAUUAGAAUUAAUUAUGAUUUUAUGGGAGAAAUCUAGUGAAAUUGUAUUGAAUGUGCGAAGUAAUAUCUUGGCUGUUCAAACGAUAAAACCUAGCAUCAUAUUCUUGCUUGGAGAGUUCUGAAACUUUGUCUUUCUUUUAUCAAUGCUAAAUAAUGUUUGUGGGAGAUUUUAAUACAGUUGAAACUAUGUCGUUGUUCGUGAAUUCACUUGUAAAGCAUUCUAGUUAUUAAAGUUAUUACAGCAUA